AUUUACCCAAUCCCAGCUUAUACGACGAUGGAGGAGUACUACUCAUGUAGCUGCUGCCUGGUGCGCCCUCCGGACAAAGGCCUCAAGACACUGUAUAAUCAUUUCGGCAAAGCAGAGAUAUAUUACGACAUGCUGAGAGAAUGCUUUGGUUUAAAUCUAAGUUUAGGAAAUGACGAGUGUGGUAUCUGCGAGGUGUGCGUGGCGCGGCUGCGGGACGCGAGCGAUUUCAAGCUGCAAGUGCAGCACGUGCAGGACGUACUGCACAAGCGGCUCACGGGAGCGCUCCCUGCCACUGAGGGAGACAAAUUCAAUAUCAAGUUAGAGAAAGCUACUGGAGAUGACGCCAUUUCGCGCGGGAUCAAGCAGGAGGGGCCGGAGGUGGAGAUGGCUGACAGCAACAUCGUAUCAGUUGCAUUACACGAAGGAUCGCCAGCGCCUUUUGCUCAACCCGUUCCUACCGCGUCCCACAGCGUCUCGGUCGCACCAGCCCCUAAUGUUACCAAGCGCAGCACCCACACCGUAGAGAAACCUUACUCGUGCAACAUAUGCGACAAAAGAUUCGGACAGAAGGGCCACUUUAAUGCUCAUUACGCAUACCAUAUAGGAAAAUUCAAAUUCUCUUGCGAUUUAUGCAAGAGGGGAUUUGUACAGAAACGUGAAUAUGUUACUCAUAUGCUGAUACACACGGGUGAAAAACCAUACGAAUGUGACAUAUGCAACAAGAAAUUUAGACAUAAAGGCCAAUUAAACGUACAUAAAAAUAGUCAUUUGAAAUAUGAUCAGGAUCGCGUGGAGCCAGGAGAAAUAACUACAUGCAAAAAAGAGUCCUCAGAAGAAUCAGAAGAUCAAGGAUCGGCAAAACAUUUUACGUGUGAUAUAUGCAGAAAGCAAUUUGCGGAUAAACACUAUUUAGACGCUCACUCCAAACAUCACUCUGGAGAUUAUCCGUUCACUUGCGACAUUUGUAAAAGGAAAUUUAAUACGCAGUUUGCUUUGAAUACUCAUAAAGUUGAUCACUCGAGAGGGAGACCUUUUAAGUGUGAAACAUGCAAUAAAGGGUACACAACUAAAGGUGCUUUAACUCUACAUUUGAAAGUUCACACUGAGGAUUAUAAGCACGCAUGUCAUCUGUGUAGUAAACGAUUCAUAACAAAGGAGAAUUUAAAUGUACAUAUGCGCGUACACACGGGAGAAAAGCCUUAUUCCUGUGUAACUUGUGAAACUAAGUUCCGCUAUAGGUAUAGCUUGAAGAAACAUUUAUUAAAGAAACACAAUCAAGUUAUGGACAAACAAUUCAGUUGUAAUACUUGUGGGAAACGAUUUGCUUUACAGGGGACUUUAGUAAAACACAUGAACAAACACACUGAGAAGGAAACGGCAGAUAAAAAGAAAGAUCUAGCAUUUAUGUGUGAAAUAUGUAGCAAACGAUUUUCGAAAAUAGGUAUUCUAAAUAACCAUAGAGUUACACAUAAUGAAGAAAGACCUUUUGAAUGCGAAGUAUGUCAUAAAAAAUACCGAACGAAGACGAAUUUACUGGACCACAUGCAGGUGCACGAGGAAAAAAAACACUCGUGUGAAGUAUGCGGCCAGCCAUUCAGACAUAAAUCAGCCUUGAAUGUUCAUAUCCGACGGAUGCACUCCGAAAACAGACCACAUGUUUGCGAUAUUUGUAAUAAGGCUUUUGUAGUUCUUGCUGAACUAAAAAUUCAUAAUCGGGUACACACUGGGGAGAAACCGUAUGCUUGCGAAAUAUGCUGUAAGAAAUUUCAGCGCCCUGGUAGAGUUAAGUACCAUCUUGUAAAUGUCCACCACGAGAAACCUACGAGAUUUGUUAAAUUAAAAGAAUUGAAUAAAUAUGACUAAAUUAAAAGCGACUGGUUGUAUAAAA